AUGAAUCAUGCAUAUUAUGUACCAUCUCAUUAAAUUAGUUACCAUAUUCAACCUUAAGCUUCAUCAAAUAGAAAUCCUGAUAAUAUUGCAGAAUAGUAUAAUAUUUAUAUCAUAAUCAGAUUAAAAUUACUUAAAUCCAAAAAACAUGUUAAUCAAUCCCUGCAUAACAAUAAAGAUUCCCAUAUUCACUAAUACAAAUUGUAAAGUUAAAAAACAAUUACCACGACUAAAUUAAAUUCCUCAAAAAGAUAAAAAUCACAAGAUGUUGAACCAAUCUAGUAAUCCAUUAAUUCAGUCCUUAAAUAACUACCCAAAAAAUCUAAUCCAACAGAUGGCUAUUUACUUAAGAAAUAACUUAAUUCUAAUUCUUGUCAAUCUCCUAAAUUAUUAUUAAAUCAAGAUUACUAAAGCUUUAAUAAAGAUAAAACUGUUAUCAAGACCGAACCUGAUGUCUAAAUUUAUAGUGACAGAAUCACUUCUUAUAGAACUCCUAUCCUUACCUCUAAAUAAAUUUCAUCUAAAGAAUAAGUUAAAUCUAUUUGUAAAAAAAUUUAUCCAUCUUAACCUUCUGAUGAAACAACCAAUAACAAAUUAGACAAUAAAAAUCUUUAUCAAAAUAACAAUUCUAAACUCAAAACAGAAGUCCCUGAUAAAAUACUUGAUUUACUUCUACUCUCUACAAGAGAACUUAAAAUUAAACUUACAGAUAAAAAAACAAAAUAAUCCUCUAUUCCAAAAACUUCAAAGUCUGGAUUACCAGUAGACUUUUUUAAUUUCAAAAAAUGA